AUGGGUUUCCCUUUACGCUUCUUAUCAUCAUUGUCGUUGUGCCUCUUGGCCCUCCUCCUCCACCGGGCCACGGUGACAAUUGGGUGUUUCAGCAUGGAGAGGGAGGCACUGUCGGACUUCAAAGCCGGCAUCCACGACACCCAUAACCGGCUAUCUUCUUGGGUAGGCCAAGACUGCUGCGCAUGGGAGGGGGUCAUCUGUGGUGCCACCACUGGCCACGUCGUCAUGCUCGACCUCCGAAACACAAAUUUUACAGAUGAUUGGGCAUUACGCGGUGAGAGGAUGAACUCGUCAUUGCUUGCUUUAUCCCAUCUGAAGCACUUGGAUCUUAGCUUGAAUAAUUUUAGCGGGAUCCGCAUGCCGGAAUUCAUCGGCUCCUUCAAGAAACUGAGAUACCUCAAUCUAUCUUCUACAAAAUUCAUGGGAGGAAUACCUGCUCGGCUGGGGAACCUUUCGAGCCUCUACGUUCUUGAUCUAAGCGAUGCUUUAUACGUCGAUUAUUAUGGCGACGGAUAUCCCGUCGACAACCUCGACUGGCUCUCCCAUCUUACCUCCCUGAAGCACCUGGUUCUCAUCCGUGAACAUGCUGCCAUCCCUCCAAGUGUUAAUCUUACCCAUCUUGAUCUUUGUAAUUCUGGGUUCUAUGGCGUUAUUCCUGAUGCAAUUGGAGACUUGGGCUCUCUUACUUUUCUUGAUCUAGGAGGCAAUCAACUCGAGGGUAUCGUACCGAGAUCCAUGGUUGAUCUCCGUAGACUGAAAGAAUUACAUAUGCCAGGCAACCAAUUGACAGGAAAUUUGAGCGAUUUGCUAGAGCAAAUGACGAAUCUCAUCAUUUUGGAUCUCCGAUCUAAUUUAUUCUACGGUUCCAUGCCUUCCUCCGUUGGUAAGUUCUCUAAUCUCACCGAAUUGAAUCUCGCUGGAAAUUCUGUUGGAGGUGUCCUUUCACAAGUUCAUUUUGAGAAUCUUACAAGAUUGCGACUGUUGGACUUGCGUGACAACCCCAUCACCAUAUCAAUUGGCCAGAGUUGGGUUCCCCCUUUCCAACUCAGAUUAGUAGAUUUAACCAAAUGUCAGUUGGGACCUCAAUUUCCAGAAUGGUUGCAGUUUCAAACACAGAUCGAAGAAUUAUAUUUGGCAGACUGUAAAAUUGCAGGGACAAUGCCCGUCUACACUUCAAACUCCAUACCUCUCCAAUAA